AUGUAUAAGAAAACGGGAAAACUGGUGCCGCUAAGCAAGCAGCAGCUGCUAGACUGCAGUACAGAAAACAGGGGAUGCCUGGGUGGCUUGAUGAACCUGGCAUUUGACUACGUUAAAGAGAAUGGGAUAAGCACAGAAGAAUCCUACCCUUACGAAGCCAAGAAAGGAUCUUGCCGAUAUAACCCAUACACCGUUGAAGCCACCUGCGAUGGCUAUAUUAACAUAAACAGUGGGGAUGAAUAUGCCUUAAAGGAAGCUGUGGCCACGAUUGGACCAAUUUCAGUUGCAAUAGAUGCAAGACACACAUCCUUCAACAACUAUAAAUCAGGCAUAUAUAUUGAACCUAACUGUAGCAGUACUACACUGAAUCAUGCUGUCCUGGUUGUUGGAUAUGGCACUGAGAACGGAAAGGAUUACUGGCUGGUUAAGAACAGCUGGGGUCUCAAUUUCGGCGAUUAA